AAUUUUGACACUUUUUCUAUCAAAAAAUAUCCGAUUUUUUCCCAUUCCUUGAUUGGGACUUGGAAUAAACUUAAUCAAUUACAUAAAUUAAAAUUAUGUCCUGGCUAAUUAAUUCUCUUAAAAAAGUAACUUCAAUAAGUCAGCCAUGGUGUGCAGCAGUUACGGCUACAAGACAGCUAUCAUACGCUGAAAGACAAGCGCGUGGGCCCUUGGUUCGCCGACAUGGUUAUAAAGAAAGGAUUCUUCAAGGUGGAUUGCUUCCACAUUGGGAUAACAACCAGAAACUGCCUAUGCCUGACUACAGGCCGAAAAAUCCCUGGGUAGAGAAACGAGCUCUUUUUGGACAAAAUGACUACAUUGAUAUCUUGGGCAAUGACAAUCUACAUCCAACAAAAGUUUUGUAUUCAGUUCCGUCUUGGAUGCGCGGUGUUUCGGGCAAUGAAUACCAGGUUUUGCUUCGCAAGAGGAAAAUAAUGAUGAAGACUAAAUAUCCAAUUGCCAGGCCUACCAAUUGGAAGAAUUUACAAAAGCGAAUCCUGUAUCUUUAUAAAUUCUUGAACCGAAAAACAAAGACUGGUAAUUCCAGACAAUAAACAGUGAAUAUAAUGUAUGUACCUAUUAUGUAGUUGUUGGUUUUUAAAUUACGAAAUAAAAUUUAAUAUUCUUAUUUUAAA